UUCAUGGAAUGCAUUCAUCAGCCGUAAACAGUGUGCCAGGCUUCAGGAAAAGUAUUAAGAUCUAGCCUUUAGAGGAGACUGGAGACUUAUACCUAAGUAGCAGCAAUAGUUGUAGUCACAAUAAUAAAAAAGCUCAAUACAUGACUGUGUUCUGGGUCCCCUGCUGUACCCUUGGUAGGCAUCUCCUCAGUGAAUCUUUACAGCAGCCCCUGUGGGGUGGCUACUCUUCUUAUCCCUGUUUUACAGGUGAAGAAACUGAGGCUUAGAGAGGUGAAGCUUCAAAGGUCAGAGCCGGCAAGAGAUGAGGCUGGGAUUUGAACCCAGGUCCACAGUGACUCUAAGAUUUUUUUCUCUCUUACAUGGCUGGUUCCCAAAUCUGACUGCUUAUCAGAAUUACCUGGAGGGCUUUUUGGACAAUACAGAGGCCUGAUUUUUUUCCUUUUUCUUUUUGUUUUCUGACUCAGAGUCUCUGGGUCCUGGGUGGGGCCAGUGUUGGGAGCCUCUUGUUCUGUGAAGAUCCUGCCUCUCUCGCUUGACUCGCUCUGUCCCGGGUACACAGGGCUUGCUGUUCUCAGGGAAAGCCCACUGGCUCCCCCACCUUGGCCUUUCCACUUGCCCUCCCAGAACACUGCCCCAGCCCUUCUUGUGGCUGGCUCUUGCCCCCUCUUCCUUCCAGUGCCUUGUUUGAAUGUCACCUCCUCAUAGAGACUUUCCUGACCAUCCUAUAACCCUUCUCCUCCAACCCAUUACUCUUGGCCCCAUGGGUUCUCUACCAGGGCCAGUCACCUGGGACACUUAAAAUCUCUGAUGCCCAGAGACCGACUCUGUUGGCCUGGGGCGAGUCCCAGGCUUCAGUGCCACCUGGCCGGGGACACGGAUCAUCACUCGGUCUCAUUGUUCACAGCUCUCUCCUUGAAAUUAUACAUGUGCUUGCUUAUUGUCCAUGUCUCUGCUAGAGUAGAGAGCAGGGGACUGGCCUGUCUUGGGCCCUGCCAUAUUCCCGGCACCUUUAAAAGCACCCGCCACACAGUAGGAGCUCAGUGAGUACCUAUGAAUGAAGGAAUGGGAUGCUGGGGCUUGAGAAAAGACAGCUUGACUGACGAUCAGGAUCGAUCUGUCCCCAACAUCUGGUGAACCCUUGGAGGGUUCUUACAACAGGGAAAGUUCACCUGAUCUGCCAGUUUCACACCUCCAUACUGCCCAGAACAUCCCACUCUGGCUGCAGGACCACCUCGGGGUCAGGACAGUGGGUUGAGAUGGCAGGAAUCGCCAAGGCCUCCCUGAGAUUCAGGUUGCAUAUUGCUAGAGUCAGAGCUGGAAGGGCAGAAGUAGUGUUGAGUCUGAGCUCUCACCAUGCAGAUGGGCCCUGAGGCCUAGUGACGGAAGGAGCCUCGGCUAAGGUCAGGCCAUGGUUGAAGAGGGCCUAGGAGGUAGGAGCUACAGCAUGCUAUGUGACCUUGGCCAAGCCUCUGACCUUCUCUGUGCUUUAGUCUCCCCAUCUGUACCUGCAAGGCCUGGGCUGAGAUGAUCCCAAGCCCAGGACGUCAGGAGUUCGUUCCCUGAGUCCUUUCCUGGGCAGCGCAGACUGCAGAGGGUUUGCAAGGGGUUAAGCUCCUCCGGCUCUUGCUCUGCACGCAGACAAACCCCCUCCUUCUGACAAACACUUGUAGGAAAUCAGGCUGGGCGCUUCCUGCCGAGGCGAGGCGGCCUCAGCCGCGGCAGGGGUGGGGAGAGGUGGGGAGCGAUGCUGGUCUGUGAGCAGCAGCUUGAGCUGGCAGAACGGCCUGGAGGCGGGCCAGGGCGCAAUGGAGACAGGGGGCUCCCUGGGUUUGGAACAAAGACUUCACAGACAGGUCCCCUGAAACUGGGUCGGCAGGACGGUGGUGGAGCCCGAGAGAGGGCACAGGCAGGAUGGCCGAUGCCAACAGGAGCCAGCGGUGACUCUGGGGCCCCUGGCAGCAGUUCUGUCUCCUAAAGAUGAAGUGGCCCAGGUGAAGCUCAGGCCAACCCCGAUGGCCAGCUCAGAGACUGAGAUCCGCUGGGUUGAGCCUGGCCUGGGGAAGGGCCCCCGGCGGCGGCACUGGGCCUGGGCUGAGGACAAGAGGGAUGUGGAUAGUAGUUCACAAAGCUGGGGAGAAGAGGGACUCUUUCCCAAUGCCACCAGCCCCGAGCUCCUGGAGGACUUCCGCCUGGCCCAGCAGCACCUGCCGCCCCUGGAGUGGGACCCGCAUCUGCAGCCCGAUGGGCAUCAGGAUUGUGAGUCAGGAGAGACUUCAGGAGAAGAGGCUGAAGCAGAGGAUGUGGACAGCCCAGCAAGUUCCCACGAGCCUCUCGCCUGGCUCCCCCAGCAGGGCCGUCAGCUGGACAUGACUGAAGAGGAGCCAGAUGGGACCCUUAGAAGUCUGGAGGUUGAGGAGGCUGGAGAGAGCUCCCCAAGGUUGGGGUAUGAGGCUGGUCUCAGCUUGGAGGGCCAUGGAAACACCAGCCCCGUGGCUCUUGGGCAUGGUCAGGCCAGGGGCUGGGUGGCUUCUAGCGAACAAGCCAGUGGGGACAAACUUUCUGAACAUUCCGAGGUCAACCCAUCCGUUGAGCUCAGCCCAGCAAGGUCCUGGAGCAGUGGGACAGUGAGCCUCGACCACCCUAGUGACAGCCUUGAUUCUACCUGGGAAGGAGAGACCGGUGGCCCCCAGCCCACUGCCCUGGCAGAAACCUUACCAGAAGGCCCCAGCCAUCACCUCCUAAACCCAGAUGACAGAACUGGAGGCAGCGUUGCUCUGGCAACCCCCAUGGAAUUCCAGGACUCCUCAGCUCCCCGAGCCCAGAGUCCGCAGCCUGCCGCGGAUAGAUGGAGGAGAGAAACGACCAGAUUCUCCUGCCCUCAGCCCGAGGAACACAUCUGGAAGCAGACAAAGACGUCACCUAAGCCACUCCCUUCCCGAUUCAUUGGCUCCAUCAGCCCCCUGAAUCCUCAGCCCAGGUCAACACAGCAGGGCAGGCCGCUGCCCAAACAGGGAGCCACUCUGGCUGGCCGCUCCUCUUCUAAUGCCCCCAAGUAUGGCCGGGGGCAGUUGAACUACCCACUCCCUGACUUCUCCAAGGUAGGGCCCCGGGUGAGAUUCCCCAAAGAUGAGAGCUACCGUCCCCCCAAGUCCAGAAGCCACAACAGGAAGCCUCAGGCCCCUGCCAGGCCCCUCAUCUUCAAGUCACCAGCUGAGAUUGUGCAGGAGGUGCUGUUGAGCAGUGGAGAAGCAGCCUUGGCAAAGGACACGCCUCCUGCCCACCCCAUCACCAGGGUACCCCAAGAAUUUCAGACCCCUGAGCAAGCCAGUGAACUGGUCCAUCAGCUCCAGGAAGACUACCACAGGCUUCUCACCAAGUACGCUGAGGCCGAGAACACCAUCGACCAGCUACGCCUCGGGGCCAAGGUGAACCUGUUCUCUGACCCACCCCAGCCCAGCCACAGCAUCCACACAGGAAUGGUGCCCCAAGGGACCAAGGUCUUGUCCUUCACCAUCCCACAGCCCCGCUCUGCAGAGUGGUGGCCGGGCCCGGCCGAGGACCCCCAGGCCUCUGCGGCCUCAGGGUGGCCAUCAGCUCGAGGAGACCUGGGCCCCUCCUCGCUCACCAGCAUGCCCACCCUGGGGUGGCUUCCAGAGAGCCGGGGCAUCUCCGAGGACCAGUCCUCAGCGGAGCAGACCCAGGCACUGGCUUCUCAGGCCAGGCAGUUCCUGGCCAAGGUGGAGUCCUUUGAAAGACUGAUACAGGCAGGACGUCUCAUGCCCCAGGACCAACUCAAGGGCUUCCAGCGGCUGAAGGCUGCCCACGCGGCCCUAGAGGAGGAGUACCUGAAGGCCUGCCGGGAGCAACACCCUGCCCAGCCGCUUGCUGGCUCCAAGGGGACACCUGGAAGAUUUGAUCCUGGCAGGGAGCUGGAGGCAGAGAUAUACCGUCUGGGAAGUUGCCUGGAAGAGCUGAAGGAACACAUAGACCAGACCCAGCAAGAGCCUGAGCCGCCCGGGUCAGACUCAGCUCUGGACAGUACCCCAGCCCUGCCCUGCCUCCACCAGCCAACGCACCUGCCUGCUCCUUCCAGACAAGCCCCCAUGCCAGCCAUCAAGACCUCCUGCCCUGAGCCUGCUACCACCACUGCCGCCACCAGCGCUGGCCCCCGCCCAUUGCACAUAAAUGUGGAGGUGAGCUCUGGCAACAGUGAGGUGGAGGACAGGCCACAGGACCCCCUGGCCCGACUCAGGCACAAGGAGCUGCAGAUGGAACAAGUGUACCAUGGCCUCAUGGAGCGGUACCUCAGUGUGAAAUCUCUCCCGGAAGCCAUGAGAAUGGAGGAGGAGAAAGAAGGAGAGGAGGAGGAGGAGGAGAGGGGAGGUGACUCCCUAGAAGUUGAUGGGGUGGCCGCAGCUCCAGGGAAAGCAGAGGCCACCAGGGUCCUCCCAAAGCAGCACCUGGUGCAGGCUGAGAAAAGUCAUGAGGCUCCCCUGGAGGAGGCCACGGAGCAGAUGCUAUCUGUGAAGCCACCAGGUUUCCAGACAUCCCUGGCUAGAGACGGGCACAUGUCAGGCCUGGGGAAGGCUGAGGCAGCCCCUCCAGGCCCUGGCAUGCCACCCCACCCUCCAGGCACCAAGUCCGCAGCGUCCCACCAAAGUAGUAUGACCAGCCUGGAGGGAAGCGGGAUCUCUGAGCGCCUUCCACAGAAGCCUUUGCACCAAGGUUGUGGGCCCCACCUGGAGGAGCCCUGGAUGGCAUCCCCGGAGACAGACAGUGGCUUUGUUGGCUCAGAAACAAGCAGAGUUUCACCCCUCACCCAGACUCCAGAGCACCGGCUCUCCCACAUCAGCACAGCAGGAACAUUAGCCCAGCCCUUCGCUGCAUCUGUGCCCAGGGAGGGAGCUUCCUACCCCAAGGCCAGGGGUUCUCUGAUCCCCAGAAGAGCCACAGAGCCCAGCACACCCCGGAGCCGAGCACAGAGGCACCUCUCCAGCCCAAGUGGGCCUCUCCGGCAGAGGGCACCCAACUUCAGCCUGGAGCGGACAUUGGCAGCCGAGAUGGCGGUUCCUGGCUCAGAGUUUGAGGGGCACAAACGGAUUUCUGAACAGCUCCUUCCCAGCAAGACAAUCAGCCCACCCCCAACCCCCGCCACUGCCACUGCCCCUCUGCCCCGUGGACCAACAGAGACCAUCCCCAACUUCCUGCUCACCAGGGCAGGGCGAGACCAGGCCAUCCGUGAGCUGCAAGAAGAGGUGUCCCGGCUCCGUCUGCGGCUGGAGGACAGCCUGCACCGGCCACCCCAGGGCAGCCCAACAUGCCCAGCGUCUGUCUUUGACCGCCCUGCCCGGACCCACAGCCGACCAGCGGACUCCCCAGCCACCUGGGGCUCCCAUUAUGGCAGUAAAUCCACAGAGAGAUUGCCUGGUGAGCCUAGAGGUGAAGAGCAGAUUGUCCCUGCAGGAAGGCAGCGAGCCCGAUCUUCCUCAGUGCCUCGGGAGGUGCCCCGACUGUCCCUGAGUUCAGAAUCUGAGCUGCCCUCCCCGCCACUGUUCUCUGAGAAGAGCAAGACCACCAAGGGCAGUCCACAGGCAGCUCGGGAUGGAAAGAGAGGGGUGGGCAGUGCUGGAUGGCCAGACAGGGUCACCUUCCGGGGCCAGUACACAGGCCACGAAUACCAUGUUCAGUCCCCUAAGGCGGUCCCAAAAGGCAAUGGCACAGUCUCCUGUCCCCACUGCCGGCCCAUUAGGACCCAGGAUGUGGGUGGUGCUGCCACAGGGGACCCACUGGGACCGCCUCCCGCUGAUACCCUUCAGUGUCCCCUGUGUGGUCGAGUUGGUUCUCCCCCAGAGGCAGAUGGUCCAGGCUCAGCCACCUCUGGGGCAGAGAAGGCCACCAAGAGGAGAAAAGCACCUUCAACUCCCAGCCCCAAGCAGAGGAGCAAGCAGGCGGGGUCGUCGCCACGCCCGCCCCCCGGACUGUGGUAUCUGGCGACAGCGCCCCCAGCACCAGCCCCUCCGGCCUUUGCCUACGUCUCCUCGGUUCCCAUCAUGCCUUAUCCACCUGCCGCUGUGUACUAUGCGCCCGCAGGACCUACCUCAGCCCAACCAGCCGCCGAGUGGCCCCACACAGCCUCUCCCCCACCAGCCCGGAGACACCGGCACUCCAUCCAGCUCGACCUGGGUGACCUAGAGGAGCUCAACAAGGCCCUGAGCCGGGCCGUGCAGGCUGCUGAGAGCGUCCGCUCCACCACCAGGCAGAUGAGAAGCUCACUGUCGGCCGACCUGCGCCAGGCUCACAGCCUGCGGGGCUCCUGCCUCUUCUGACUUCACUGGGGGCCCAGAGACAGAUGAGUGGGCGGGUGAGCAGGUGGCCUGCCAGGCCAGGAGUGGGCUGGAGCUGCUGAGGCCCAGAAAGCCCGCAUGGUUCCUCACCAGGAGGGUCUCCCUCCAGCACGGGCCCCACCUGCUCAGUCCCUGUGCUUUCCAAGUGGAGGGGGUGUCAGUUCGGUCACCAAGAGAAGUGACUUCCCAGGAGCACCAGUCCCCUCCCAGAGGUGCUGUGAGCGAGGCCUCCUUCGGCCCAGGCGGAGCCUCGGGCAGUCUCUCCUGGUCCUGCAUGUGUCCACCUCCCGCUAAUAAUAGGUAUUUUGUAUACAGAUGGACAGAUAUUUUUUUAAACUGGGGAGUUUUCCUGAUCUUGGUUCCUCCUUACGGGGCCAGACAAGAAAGGAAAGGCCUACGGUUUCUGGAGCAAACCUGUCCCCCACCUGUGACCAGUCACUCUGGGGCAAGCAUCUCUGGGAAGGGCACAGCCGGAGACCUUUCUCCUAGUGACUGGCAGUCAGUGGGGCAUUUUAGGAUGUCAGGGCCCCAGGGUAACAUGUGUCCAGCUUCUCUAUGGCAGCAGAGGCCUUUCCCACAGACCUGCUGGGGUGGAGACAAGCUACAAAGUGCCCAGGAUGCCAUCCACUGCGGUCCCCUUCGGUACCUCACACAUGGUCCCCAGCUUCUCCUAGGAUCCCAGUGGCAUUUAUCAGUGGCCAGCUACCUGCCAGGCCCGGGCUGGGGCACGGUCUGUGGCCACGAGGCCAGGCCGCCUCCCGCACCCCCACCCCGUGGCAGCGCAUACCUCUGCAUUUCUGGAAUGUGUGUGCAUCAAUGAUGUUUGUAUAUUUGAGGCAUUUAAAAAUCUAUUUUCGUUACAAGGGCAAAUGAAGAAUGAAUAUUGAUCUUAAAAAAAGAAAAGACAAAAAAAAAAAAAAAUACCCAAAGCCAUCCGUGUCUCUGCUGUGUGUCAUUAACUUUUGCCUUCUAAAGUCAAGUUUAUGGGAUGGAAGAUUUGAAGCCCAGACAAGCCCUUUCGCAGGGGACCUGUUGGGUGCUCUGCCUGCCUCCCUCUGGUGGCUUCUGUUUCUCCAGUUUUCCCCCUUUGCCUAUCUCAGAACCACAAAUCUUUCCACUGCAGAGGGCUUUGACGUGGGGCUACCUAACCAACUCGCUUUUGACUGAGGCCGGAGAUGUAAACGACGCACACAGCAAGUUGCUGUCUACAAGAGCAUGCACCUGGACACUCCAGUGCUCCUUUCUCUCUUCCUUUCUUUUUUUUAAUUUUUUUUAUUUUUUUGAGACGGAGUUUCACUCUGGUUGCCCAGGCUGGAGUACAGUGGCGGAAUCUCAGCUCACUGCAACCUCCGCCUCCUGGGUUCAAGCAAUUCGCUUGCCUCAGCUUCCUAAGUAGCUGGGAUUACAGGCAUGCACCACCACAUCCGGCUAAUUUUGUAUUUUUAGUAGAGACAGGGUUUCUCCAUGUUGGUCAGGCUGAUCUUGAACUCCCAACCUCAGGUGAUCCAUCCACCUCAGCCUCCCAAAGUGCUGGGAUUACAGGCGUGGGCCGCGGUGCCCGGACUUCCAGUGCUCCUUUCAAUAGCGAACAGCAGCUGCCAUUUAGGGAGCAGCUGCUGGACCCUGAUCCCUGUGCUAAGCCUUUUGCAUGUCCUGCUUCACACAGUCCACACGCUAACCCUCCAGGCCCUCAGUCUGCCCCGCUUUUACUGAUGAGAGUGAGGUUCCACUGGGCCAUCUGCCCAAACUGGUUUGGGAGAGAGCCUGUGUUUGGAGUCAAACUUGUUAGUUUGACUCCAAAGUCCACAUUCUUUGUUGUGUGUUUUUUGCUUCCUGUACCUCCAUGAUUCUUUUUCUCUUGACCUCCUGUUUCUUCUUCAUGUGGCUUUUUCUUCUACCUUCCCCACGUCUCAUCUCCCUUGCUUCUCCCUGCCCUGCCCACCACGACUCAUUUCUGUUUUAAUUUUCAGCAGAUCCUCCUCAGCAGGGUUUAAAAUGGUGUCUCACUAAUAGUAAAACUGAAAUGGAAAAACUUCUUGUAGGUGUUGAGCCUUCAGUUCCAGGCCAUUGUGGGGCCCCAGAGGCUGUUCUGUCCCCUUGCCUUCUGAGGACAUCAGGUCGGUGUCCCCAGCCUCCGUGCUGUGGGCACAGCAGUGGUUCGAGUGCUGAGCAAAGGGUGCCGUAGUCUUGGCCGUGUGGAGCUUGGCUGUUAGGACAGGAGGUACAAAGGGGAGUGGUGCCUGAGGACACAGGACUAGACCCCGGGGCAUCAGGGACUCAGGCUCAUGGUCCUGUCACCUGGGAUGGUGUAGACAGCUGCACACAUGGAAUUACUCAAACAACUCAGGCCCAAUUUUUCUGCCACAGGAGGGGUGCUGCUUCCCUCAUGUAACAAGAGGCUGUCAAUCACGAGCACCCAGGUCUGGGUGAGGCCAGCCCUUCGAGGCUUGUGCUACUGAGUGGGCCAUGCCUCCGGCUUGGCUCCACCUCAGGGCUCCAUAUUUGCAACAUGUCAGCUGAUUUCCAGGGACCAGCCUCACCCUUAUGCGUUGUCUCCUUCUUCUGUGUCUCCCAGGUGAACACCCUGAGGACACAUCCAUGGAGACACCCAGCCCCUCUGGCCUGGGCCCCAAGCCCUCUGCAUCACCCCAGUCCUUCCCUGGCCCAGGCAACUACCUCUUGCAUGGAUGCCCACAGCAGCCUUCACUCAGGCCUUCCUGCCUGCAGCCUUGACCCCCAACGUGCCUCCCCACAUGGCCAUGGUAAUACUGGAAUAAGGUCCUUGUGAUUGGCACCACAUGCCUGAACUCUCCCCACCUGAUCCACCUUGUAUUAGUCUGUUCUCACAUUGCUAUAAAGAAAUACCUGAGACUUGGUAGUUUAUGAA